AUGGCUGACACUCUCAAAGGCCACGAGAAUCUGAUCGGCCUUAGUGUAUCGGGAGGUCCAGCAGCUAUGGAUGCUAUCUUCAUAUCUAAUGCCCUCUACCGGCGGGAAAACCCCUCGACUAUAGUUGUGGGCAAUGAUCUCCCAAUCAUCGUCGCUGAUCUCCUCGUACGGGCGGGAACCGACCACGAUCUCGAAGAUCAGACAGCCCAGGGCGAAGAGAUCUGUUUGAAUGAAUCGAGGGGACUCGGGAGACAGCUGCUACCGGUCCUCUUCCGUGACCAGCGGAAGCAUGUCGCCGAUGCCCGAGCCGGCAAAGUCACAGAGCCUGAGCGAGAGGUCAUCCGCCAGCAGGAAGUUGCGGGCGCUGAUGUCGCCGUGGAUCACGGAGUGGCAGUGAAUAAACUGCACUGCACUGAUAGCAUUUCGAAAUCAGGUGUCCUUGGUUGUAUCAUCCACAUGCGCGUGGUUCUUGCGGAUGUAGUCACGGAGAUUGCCAUUGCGCAUAUAGGGGAAGCGGAUGCCAUUCUCGGUUAUGUCGAGGCAGUCGAGAACGUCCCCGUGCUUGGGAAGGGAUUGAUAAAUUUAUUUCUCUCGCUCCAUACUCAUGGAGGAAAACGCCUCAUCCUCUCACAUCGACAGAGCAGUCUCUUCGCUGCAUUUACUCAGAUCAUGGUGCAGCGGGCAUUUGAGGACUUCGGUAUCAUUGCACGAAUCGCGGAAGAUUAUGCCCGAGGACCCGAAUGCAACCACCGGUCGUUGGACACCUUCGGGGUAUACUAUUACUGGAUAACCCAUGGUCUGAUUCAUAUUGGGAAAACUGAUGGCUGA